UCAACAUGGCGGCCUUGUAGUCGGAGGAAUACUGAGAGGUGAGUUUCCAUGUUCCCGGCCGAAUGACGUGAAUCCCGUGCACUCGUGCUAGGCGACGAGUGGAAAGUCGACGAACCGGUGGGAAGAGUCCCUCAGGGUAUCAGAGAUGACAUCCCAAAGCUCGCUGACAUCAAAGUACACCACCGGCGCGGAGUACAGUCUGACUUCGGAUAAAUGUCCGGUGGUUUUGGAACUUGGGAGAGCGUACACAAAAUGCGGUUUCGCCAGAGAACCCAGUCCGAGAGCGAUUAUCCCGUCAAAAGUGGACAACCAUGAGAUCUACUCGUACAGCCACUCAAGCGAGUUGCCCCAUUUGCUGCAAGAUUUUCUUUACGCUAUUUAUUACAAACAUUUAUGCACCAACCCCAAAGAUCGUCGCCUGGUGGUGGUCGAGUCCCUCAUGGUUCCGCUCGAAUUCAAAGACACUCUCGCAACGGUCCUCUACGAACACUUCGAGGUGCCGGCGAUCGUGUUCGUUCCCUCCCACCUCUGCACCCUCUACACGCUGCGAUUGAACACCGCGCUCGUGGUGGACGUCGGAUUCAAGUGGACAUCCGUACUGCCCGUCAUCGAGGGAGUAUGCAACCUCGCAGCCUACAAGGAUAUACCACUCGGCUCGAAUGAAAUCCACAGAAGACUAGAGAAAUUCCUGUUGAAAUUCGGGAGCGUUCGAUGCCCAGACGGGCAGACCCGGUUCUUAGGAGAAGUGAAUCCGGAAAUACUUUCCAAUGAAGAUAUCGUGGAAGACAUCAAAGUUCGAACAUGUUUCGUUACACCCCGGGAACGCCAUCUCCAAGCGCAAGGGUUCGAAGAAGCCUUCUGCGAAGGACGUCAGCUCGAGCUUCCAACUCCAUCGAACGUUCAAUACCCACUCGAAGGCGACAAGGUGUUGGAAAUCCCCGGCACCCUGCGGGAGUAUGCUCCCGAAUGCCUAUUCGAAAUCGAUAACGAGAUGGAAUCUGUAGCUACACAAGUAAUUGAUGCGUUGCUGUUGUGUAAUCGCGACUCGCGGAAAGUACUCGCUGAAAACAUCGUGAUUGUCGGAGGCACAGCCAUGAUUCCCGGCUUCAGGAGACGCCUCAAGGAAGAACUCAUGGCCCUGCUUGAGCUACCUCAGUAUAAGAAGCACCUGUACAUAGACAAGUUCAUGUUCCAUUCAACUCCCUGCUGUUCGAACAUCGCUUCGUGGCUGGGAGGGUCAUUAUACGGCUCAACCGAUUACGUCGGUUCUCAAGCAUUCACGAAGGAGCAGUUCCUGGAGAAUAAGAAGCACAUACCCGACUGGAUGGAUCAGAAAUGGAAGAAGGACUCGGUCCCCGGACUUUAAUUCGACCGCUUUUCAAUAUGGAGCUAUGGAGAGAGAAAACCGGCCGAUCCGCUUGUUUUUUAUUUAUUUAUCUAAUAAAGCCUGUUGACUCGGAAGGA